AUGGCUACCAUAAUCAAAUCACGAUUUCCACUUUUGUUGUUGCUGGGAAUUAUAUUCCUGGCCUCCGUUUGUGUCACUUAUGCCAAUUAUGAUGAAGGUUCUGAACCUAGAGUACCGGCACAAAGAGAAAGAGGUCGCCAAGAAGGUGAGAAAGAAGAAAAACGCCAUGGAGAAUGGAGACCUUCAUCCGAAAAGGAAUAUGAUGAAGGUUCAGAACCUAGGGUACCGGGACGAAGAGAAAGAGGUCGUCAAGAGGGUGAGAAAGAGGAAAAACGCCAUGGAGAAUGGAGACCUUCAUAUGAAAAGGAAUAUGAUGAAGAAGAGAAGCAGAAAUAUCAAUAUGAACGUGAAAAGAAGGAACAAAAGGAAGUUGAACCUGGACGUGAAAGAUGGGAAAGAAAGGAAGACGAAGAAAAAGAAGAAGAUCAAUGGAGAGGAAGUCAGCGUCAUGAAGAUCCCGAAGAAAGGGCAAGGCUAAGGUAUAGAAAGGAGAGAACAAAGAAGUAUGUAGAAGAAGACACUGAAGAAACAUCAUCAGAGUCGCAAGGACGAAGAAACCCCUUUUUAUUCAAGUCUAACAAGUUUCUGACACUCUUCGAAAAUGAAAACGGUUACAUUCGUCGCCUUCAAAGGUUCGACGAACGUUCAGACCUAUUUGAAAAUCUCCAAAACUAUCGCCUUGUGGAAUAUAGAGCCAAACCCCACACCAUCUUUCUUCCUCAACAUAUAGAUGCUGACUUAAUCCUUGUAAUCCUCAAUGGGAAAGCCAUAUUGACAGUGUUGAGCCCCAACGAUAGAAAUUCUUAUAAUCUUGAGCGUGGUGAUACCAUCAAACUUCCUGCGGGAACAACAUCCUAUCUAGUUAACGAAGACGAUGAAGAAGAUCUUAGAGUGGUGGAUCUUGUAAUACCUGUGAAUAGGCCUGGUAAAUUUGAGGCUUUUGACCUAAACCAAUACUUAGGAGGAUUCAGUAAGAGUGUUCUAGAGGCCUCCUUAAAUACUAAAUACGAGACCAUAGAGAAAGUCCUCUUAGAAGAACAACAAAAGCAAGGACAAGAAACAAAUGCUAUAGUCAAAGUGUCAAGGGAACAAAUUGAAGAAUUAAGAAAGCUUGCAAAGUCAAGCUCAAAGAAAAGCUUACUUUCAGAACUUGAACCAGUCAACUUGAGAAGCCACAGUCCAAAAUAUUCUAACAAGUUUGGCAAGUUCUUUGAGAUUACUCCAGAGAAGAAAUACCCUCAACUUCAGGAUUUAGAUGUAUCGAUUAGUUGUGUGGAGAUCAACGAGGGAGCGCUAUUGUUGCCACACUACAAUUCAAGGGCUAUAGUUGUACUAUUGGUUAAUGAAGGAAAAGGAAACCUUGAACUUUUGGGUGUUCAAAAUGAGGAUGAGCAACAAGAGAGGAAGGAAAGAAACAAGGAAGUGCAGAGGUAUGAAGCUAGAUUGUCUCCCAGUGACGUUGUUAUCAUUCCAGCAGGUCACCCAGUUGCCAUCCGUGCUUCGUCGAAUCUAAAUUUGCUUGGAUUUGGUAUCAAUGCUGAGAACAAUCAGAGAAACUUCCUUUCAGGCUCGGACGACAAUGUGAUAAGCCAAAUUGAAAAUCCAGUAAAAGAGCUUACGUUUUCUGGAUCUGCUCAAGAGGUAAAUAGACUUUUGAAGAACCAAAAGCAAUCUCACUUUGCAAAUGCUGAACCUGAGCAAAGGGAGGAAGGAAGCAGAAGAAAAAGUCCUCUGUCUUCAAUUCUGGAGACUUUUUACUAA